AUGCGCUCUGGUGAUGAAUACAGCAGCGUUGGAGGCUUCACACGGAGCAUGGCACACCAAGCUAGCUCUCCAACUUAUCUUUACAAAGCCGCCUGGCAGAGUGUUCCAGACUCUUAUCGGUACAAGUCCCUGCAGAUGAAGACAGAGAGGUCUCAUUAUGACAACCUGAGUCAUCACUUGAGCAAACUUGGCGAAGAUGGAAAGAUUGGUCAUAGAGUCAUCGACCUCACCAGGCCAGAAGAUUUCGAGGGAGGCGCCAGCACUACCGAGGCACGGGUCUACAGGGAACCCCGGGGAAGGAACAGCAACGAACCUCACAUCAAACGGCCCAUGAACGCCUUCAUGGUUUGGGCCAAAGAUGAGCGCCGCAAAAUCCUUCAGGCCUUCCCAGACAUGCACAACUCCAACAUCAGCAAAAUCUUGGGAUCUCGCUGGAAGUCCAUGACGAACCAGGAGAAACAACCGUAUUAUGAAGAGCAGGCACGGCUUAGCAAGAUACACCUGGAGAAAUACCCCAACUACAAGUACAAACCCAGACCCAAGCGCACCUGCAUCAUCGACGGCAAGAAGUUGCGCAUCAGCGAGUACAAGCAAAUGAUGAGGUCACGGAGACAAGAGAUGAGGCAGUUCUUCACUGUGGGGCAGCAGCCACAGACGCAGAUCCCCAUCACCACCAGCGCAGGCGUCGUGUACCCGGGUGCCAUAACCAUGGCCACCACAACGCCAUCCCCGCACAUGACGUCAGACUGCUCCAGUGCCUCGGCCAGCCCUGAACCCACCAUCCCCGUCAUCCAGAGCACCUUCAACAUGAAGAUGGAACCGGGCACCAUGGUGCCCAGCGACGCAGUGAACGGAGAGGACGAGAUGGACAUGUACGAGGACUUUGAAGACGAGCCCAAAUCGGACUACAGCAGUGAAAAUGACACACAUGAGCCGGUCAGUGCCAACUGAGGCCAAAACAGCAAGCGAAGAAUAUCCUUUUAUUAGAGGAAAGACUGAAGAAGAUAAAAAGAGAACACAGCGAACAAAAAAAAAAACACGAAAAAAGAAAAACUUGUUUCUGAUGAUAUACGUUUUGGGAGCCAGCAUGCAGAUGUGGUUCCUGCAGAUUUAACAGCUAUUGGUCUUAAGUGUUUCUCCGAGUGUGAAACAAUUUGAUUGUGUUUUAUUUUGGCUUUUUUAAAUUGUUAUUUU